UUUUUUAUCAACGAAAACGUCAUUAUCACAAAAAAGUCAAAUUCGUUUUUCUAUAUAUUUUGCAGCAACAACAAUUUUAUAAAAGUGAGCGAAAAAAUAAUUAUUUAUUAAACAAAAAUAACAAUAAAAAAACUAACAACAACUAAUAAAUAUAAACAAGUUUUUCCAAUAAACAAAGAGUGAAAAAUAAAACAACAAAGCAAAUGACAUAAACAAAGCGAAAAAAUAACUUAAUUUGACACCAAUUGAUAAAAAUCAGUAGAACCUCCAAGAAAAAAAAGCAAUAAGAAAAAAAUCAAGAAAAAUAAAUGGAGUUAUGGCUGAACUGGAACAAUUGGAAGCAUGUCGUAUUUGUGUAAACUGUUUUCCUUUACAAGAAAUGGAUUUCAUCAAUAUUUUCCAGCCAAAUGAAGAAUUUCAGCAAGAACUCGAUUUCAUACAGGGCGAAAUACGACAGUGGCAACUUAAAAUACAAGCCGAUGAUGGUCUGCCACAGCGCAUUUGUGCAAAUUGUUUUGCCAAGUUUUGCAGCAUAGAGGCCUUUCGCAAGGAAUGUGAAGCGGCCCAGGAAAAGCUAUUGCAGACCUUAAUGCAGCAAAGCUCUGCUAAUGAGCCGGAGGUCCAAAAUGUAAUUAAGAACCUAGAGACACCGCUGCCUUUGGUGGGUAAUUACGAUAGCGGCAGUGUGGUAUUGGAUACUGCCAACAAUGUUUUGGUCUCUUCCGUGAAUGUAACACAGUCGGAUGUAUCGCUUAAUGAUUUUCCUGUAUUCGAUCAACAAUUUUCCCAUUUCGAUAAUCCCGCUCUAAUGGAUGCCUCUUCCACUUUAUUGGAUAGUAAUUUGAUAGCUGCUGAUACUUCCCAGGAAUUGGGCUUUUUACCGUCACAAAAUCUAUUUACAUUUGAGACUGCCGAAUCACCCACUACGGGUACACUGCCAUUAGUUGAGACUGAAACGACGUCCAUGAUGAAUGAUAUAAUGCCGGUAAAGCCGGAAGAGGUUGUUGGAGGUGGAGGAGCAGUAGGUGGCGGCGUUGGGGAUAUAAUUAUAAAACAAGAUCUCGAAGAUAUGUUACAGCGCAGUAUUAUACCAACUAACACCAAAUUAACACAACAAAGAGUAGUAACUGCAGGAGUAGAAGGUGGUGGGGAACAAAAGUCGAAUAACAGCAAUGCGGUGACCAACAAAAUGGAAUCACAGGAGGUUAAAAAAGUAACAGGAAAUCAAUAUAUUAAUAAUAAUUAUACUAUAAGAGGAAGGAAUGACUAUACCACCAUAACCUUCAUAAAUCGUGAGGACACUAACUCCGACAUGGAAUGCGAUGACUCUGAUAUGAAUGCCCGUUUAAAGGGUUUAUCUUAUGCUUGCCAUUAUUGCUUCUGUCCCGAAACAGGACCCAUCGAACAUCUCGUCUUCCCCAAUGAAGAUGCUCUAUCACAGCAUUUUUUCGACAUACACGAUCCCAAUCGCCCAUACACUUGCCCCAAAUGUCCACAAUCCUAUAAAACUCAAUUGUUACGUGACAAUCACGUUCGCCUAAUACACAAAAUCACCGAAAUACAAACUUGCAAUUAUUGUCAGAAACGUUUAAAAGGCUCUACAGAUGUACAUCAAUAUAAUUGCCAAUAUGUGGGUGACUGGGAGUGUCAACAUUGUAAGGAGAAAUUCCCACAAACACCUCUCUAUCGUUUUCGUUUGCAUCAACGUCAACACGAACGCAUUAAACAAUUCAAGUGUCGUUUGUGUGAACGUACAUUUAUGAGAAAAGCCAACUUGGAGGCUCAUCAAAGAAUGCACAAGGCGGAAGUGCAGUCCACAUACUCUUGCAAUAUUUGCAAAGCUAAUUUUGUCGAUGACUAUGAGCUAAAACGUCAUAAGUAUCAACAACACAAUGCAGAGGCCCCUCUCAAGUGUAAAUUUUGCCAUAAAGGUUUUUCUUCCAUUGUAUUUUUACAACGCCAUAUGAAUCAAUAUCAUCCAGACAAUGCAAAAAAUCAUCACAAUAACAACAACAACAAUAAUAAUACCUGUUCUUCUACUGCUUCGUCUUCAACAUCAUCAUCUGCAUUGAACUCACCUACCGAGUUGCAACACACUUGUUUGAAUUGUAAUAUGGGUUUCAAAACUUUACAAAAAUUACAAAAUCAUUUACUAUUGGGUCGUGACAAAAAUGGCAAUUGUUUGUAUAAUGCUUGCAAUAAACAGGAGCGUCGUAAACUUCAGCGUCAGGGUGUUUAUCCUUGUUUUCAUUGUCCGCGUCGUUUUCAUUUGAGGUCUCAGUUAGAUAAACAUUUGAAUACUCAUGAUGCUCGUUUGCGGCCCUUUCAGUGCGAACAAUGUGUUACACGCUGUCGCACUAGCUGUGAAUUGAAACAGCAUGUAAAUGUGGCCCAUUUGAAUAUUAAGGCCUUUUCUUGCGAUAAAUGUGGUAAAAGUUUUGGCUACAAAAAGGAUCUAAGGGAUCAUAUGCUUUUUCAUGCAGAAAUCAAUGUGCACUGCACCGAAGAAGGUUGUGAUUAUGUGUGUAAAAAUGAAAAGGCUUUAAAUGAUCAUAUACGUCACAAACAUCGUUUAUUGUCUUGCGAAUAUUGCCAGGAACAGUUUACCAGACAAAAAUUAACAGCUCAUUUACGUAAAGUACAUCGUGCCGAAAUUGAUGUAGAAUUAGCUGGCGAAUCUGAUAACUAUUAUAAAUCUCAAUUACUUAAUAAUAACAAUGAUAUUACACAAAUCUCGUUUAAUUUACUUAAUACUCAACAGCAACAAACACAACAACAGCAACAAGAGCAAUUAACAAAUAAUACAUCAACACAACUGCCACUAACUUCAUCAUCAUCAGCGGUAGUUUCAUCUCAAACUUUAAAUGCGGUUAUAUCAAGCUCAUCAUCGAAUACUUUGACAACUACAUCAGCAUUAUUAACUAUGAACACAUUACUUACAGCUUCACCCACCAUUACAUCAUCAUCAUCAUCAGCUGUUUCAUUAACAUCUUGUUUAACACCCACCAUAACAACAAAACAAGGUACUAAUUUAAUUACUAAUACUACUUCCAUUUCUACACACAAUCUUUUAAAUGAUGUUGAUCAUCAUCAUGAUCAAUUGUGUGCCAUGUUUGCAACAGAUCCUCAUGAUUCAAAUACCAAUACCACUUUAGCUUUAAAUGGUUUGGUCUCUAAUGUACAUGAUGAUUUAAAUUUAGUGACCAAUGAUGCUACCAAUAUGUUUUUGGUGCCCACAACAUCAUCCACAUCAAAUGACAACCAAUUAGAUCAGUAUUUUAUGGCCUCUUUAAUUGAUACUGAACAAGAAAUCAUUGUUACAUAGCAUCAAAUAUUUUAAAUUGAAUUAUACAUAUAAUUGUAGUGAAAUGAAAACAAAACAAAAACAAAUUAAGUAGAAAUUUCUAAAACCCAGUAAAAUGAAAGCACUGAAUUUCUAAAAAGCUUUUAUUAUAUAAACAUUUUUUUUUUAUAAAUUUAAUAACUUUUUUACCACAAUUUAAUAUUUAUAUUAUUAAGCUUAUAGUUUAGAGAAACCUUCCCCCUCUCAACCCUUUUUUUAUACACUUAUUUUAAAAACCAACAACCAACUUUUUAACAACUCUAGCGUACUUUUACAAAAAGGCUUUUAUACUUAAACAAAUUUAUAUAUUUAAAACUCAUUUCCAUUUUUUUAUAUAAAAAAAAAUCUCUUGAAAGUAUUUAUUAAGUGAAAAAACAAAUUCAUUUUACCUUGCCCCACCAUUCCCCACUCAGCACGUAGAAAAAUUUGAUUUUUAUACAUUUUUAUUUUAGGAUUUUUAAAAAAUCUAACUAAUCUUUUAAUUUUUUAAAAAUUUUAAAUCUUUUUCGUUAAUUUAUUUAUAUUUAUUUGCCAAAUUAUUAACAAAAUUUUAACUACUAACACCAAUUGAAACAUAGAUAUUUGUAGAACUAUGGAAAUUAUAUUAUUUUUAAAAGAAAUAGGUUUAAUGUUGCAAUUAAUCUGAAGAAAAUCUUCAGAAAACUGCUUAGAAUUUUUGUAUGAUUAGUAUAAGAUUAUAAUCAAACUAUAAUACGGAUUUUAGUUAAACUAUAGUUAGGUUUAUAGUUAAACUUUAGUCCAAACUAUAGUUCAGACUAUACCUCAGAUUAUAGUUCAGAUAAUAUAUUCAAGCUAUAUUACGGAUUAUACUUUGACUGUAGUUCACUCCUUAGUUAAGAACAUAGUUCAAACUAUUCUUCUGGAUUUUUCUAUACUUAAGAAUAUAGUAGAGAUUAUAGUCCAGGCUUCUGAACUGUAGCCCAGACUAUAGUCCAGACCAUUGUUCAGGCUAUAACCUGAACUAUAGUCCAAACUGUAGAUUUGAUUAUAGGCCGGGCUAUACACUACGCUAUAGCUCAGGAAAUAUACUCGACUAUUGUCCAAGCUAUAAAUUAGACUAUAGUUCUUCAUACAGACUAGACUAUAGUUCAGACAAUAUACAAGACUAUAGUCCAUACUGUGCUCUGGCUGGUGUAUAGACUAGACUAUAAUCCAGACUUUAG